UACUUCUCCAUCCUCCCCACCACACCAGGGGGCGCUGCAGUUAGUCGAGCCUCCUUCAACAUCCCGGAAGGCAGCUUUCCUCUUAUCUUUUGCCCCCUUCAGACAUGGCGGAGGUCAGGCUACAUAUUGGAAGGGGAGCCUACAACUUUGCACAAAAAACAUGCAACCGAUACCUCCUGGAAAGUCCGAAUAAGCGAGGUAAAAGUGCAAAACAAGCCUCGUCUCUAUCGGCUGGGUGUCUGUUGGGUGACAUUCCAAAUAGAGCCCUACAUGGAGCAGAGGACAGAGCUUCACAGGACAGUUACACAAGGGUAACACAGCUGUUUGGUAAUGUAAACGAUGAAUAUUACUAUUAUCUUGGACUCAACAAGGGGUAUUCACUUUCUAAAAAGCCACAGGCUCAAAAUAUAGAGCUAAUUCUACCUCUGUGCCGGAUUAACAACAAGUUUCGGAGGACUUUUCGUCAACAACAUGGACAGUUUGUGUUCAUCAGAGCUUACAGCGGCAACGGAUCCAGAUCUGAGCCGCUUUAUAGAAGCAAAACCGGCUACUAUGACAUCCUGGAGGUGUCUCCUACUGUCACUCAAGCCCAGAUAAAGACAGCCUACUACAAGCAGUCCUUCAUGUACCACCCGGACAGAAACAACGCCAGUGAGGACGCUACUAUCCGCUUCUCUGAGAUCAGCGAGGCCUACACGGUGCUAGGCAACAAGGCGCUGAGGAAGAAGUACGACCGGGGUUUGUUGAGCCAGUCGGACCUCAUCGCGACAGCCAGACCCUCCUCCUCCUCCUCCUCCAAGAGCUCCGCGAAACAACCAGCCGAGAACAGGCGGUCUGUGAUGGGCGCAGACGGUCCAGGAGGCGUCUUUGACUUCGACAAGUUCAUCAAGGCUCACUACAACGAGCAGCUGCAGAAGCAGAGAGAGGUCCGAGUCCGCAAAGAGGAGAUGCUGAGGAAGAGGCAGGAGACGAUCGAGGAGAAUAAGAUCGCCGGGUGGAUGGAGAUGGGAGUUGCGGUGCUGAUAGCGAUGGCUGUGGGUCUAGUGUACAGCUUAAGACGGGGAUGAAGUUCACUCACAUGGUUGGAGGAGAUGGAGGAUGUUUUAGGGAACUCACUUGACAAAACACUACAAAACUGUUUUGACCCUGGUCUCUGAUAUAUCUAUAUUUUUAGAGAAAUGAACAAUUAGAAAUAAUGAAAUAUUGUGCAGUGUGGAUGACUUAAAGGUGCUAUUGAUAACAUUCAGCCACUAGAUGUCGCGUUAUCCCUCUCCCAUUGCAUUCACUUCACAACAAGUGGUUGCCAGUUCUUUGCACAACCUGCACAUUUAAUGGUGUGUGAGUGGGGUGACUCUCAGACAGUCAUGUCAAGUGAUGAAUCUUUCGUGGUAGAGUAAUGAAAUCACUUCACGACACAUCUAUAGGCCUACAUUAGGUAUGUGUGUGUGUGGUACCAUUUUUUCCACACUUAACUUGAUCGUUGUUAUACUACUGGCUCACAAGCCUCGUUAGAAGUGGGAACCAAACGUCUGAUAUCUUCCACAGAGAUAAACAAAACAUUAAUUUUGGACCCGCCAAAAUUUUAAAAUAUUUCAUUCACAAUCAUAUUUUUUUAAUUUAGUAAAAUACUUUUGAUCUGCACCUUUCUAAAGGCUCUGUGGAUGUAUUAUUUUAAAAAAAAAAUAUUCAUCUACAUAAAUGUUAUCAAUGAGACCUUUAAUAUCAUCGUUUGGGUCAAUGUGACGGUGCAAUUGUGCAAUUAAUAUAGGAUUAUUUUGUCCUCUGAAAAGCAGCAAAUCAAAGACUAAACUGUAAAAUGCACACAUUUCAGUUCCUCAGUCUGCGAGCAUGCAUUUCAGCACAGUACUGUAUACUUUCAUUCUGUCUGUGAACACGUAUUCACUGGUUUUUGCCCGGUGUAUCCUUUGUCAUUCAGUUUAUCAGUCACAUACAUUCAAUGCAACUCCCGGCAGUAGGGAUUACUAGUACUGACUGUUCAGUCAGCCAUUCAAAUCAGAAUACAAUUAUUUAAAUCAGUAAUUAUCUGAUUAAAGAAUAAGUAACAAGACUAUGAAUCUGACCAGGUAUUCUCAAUUUUUGCUAAAUACUGAUACAGAAACAUUUGAGUCACUCAGUAACCAAAGAGUAUUGAGGUUUGGCACCCAGCUCUACCCCCUAUGUGCAAUGUCCACAAUUCUCUGGUUGAUUUACAACCUGGUAGUGCUACGGUUUAACUUUGGCUUUUAUAAAGUCAUCUGUCCUGCAGAUUUCUUUACUUUUAAUGGUGAAGCAAGUUUUUGAUUAUGGUUUCAUGUAUUGCUAUUUAUGAAAUAUGUGUAGCAAUGUAAGGAAGUCAUAUCUUGAGAGCCCAUUAAACAGGGGCAUUAUAAGAAGAACUGUAGGUUUAUGCUCAUUAAAAAGGUGCCUUGGAUGAUAUUUAUUGUACAAAUCGAUGGUUACAUUGUUCAGAUAUUUAACUAAUAAAUUACUUAUGAGCCGUGCCUGUCGGAGGACAGGGAAA